UUUACUGGUCCAAAUUUGGUGUAAAUGUUAGGUUGCAUAUAAAUUACCAUUCGUUGAUUGGUGUACAUUUUUGAGCCGCAUGCGCUCUCUGUGAAAGUGGACAUAUUUUGACAGUUUCAAAAUGGUUUAAUGUGAGAACGUGUGUAUAAAUUAUUUUUAUAAUUAUGGAAAAAUACGAAGUUUUAGGACAAGUUGGUGAAGGUUCUUUUGGACAGGUGUAUAAAGCAAAAAAACGUUCGGACGGUGAGAUUGUAGCCUUCAAAGUUAUUAGAAAACGUGGUAGAUCAUUCAAAGAACUUAAAAGUUUACGUCAAGAAUGUGAGAUUCAACGUCAUUUGCAUCAUCCUAAUAUUGUUCAAAUGUUAGAUUCUUUUGAAACCGAAAAUGAGAUUGUUGUUGUAACGGAAUAUGCUGAUAAAGAAUUAUAUGAAAUUUUGGGUAAAGCUGGCCAUCUUUCAGAAGAAAGAGCACAAGUUAUAGCUUGUGAUUUGGUUUCUGCACUUUAUUAUCUCCAUUCGAACAGAGUAUUACAUAGGGACCUUAAACCACAAAAUGUACUUUUAGAGGCAAAUGGAGUAGCCAAAUUAUGCGAUUUUGGUUUUGCACGUAGUAUGAGCACUGGAACACAUGUACUUACUUCUAUUAAAGGUACUCCUUUAUAUAUGGCUCCAGAGCUCAUACAAGAACGUCCUUAUGAUCACAAUGUAGAUUUAUGGUCAUUAGGUUGUAUAGUUUAUGAAUUAGUUGUCGGUUCACCACCAUUUCAAACAACUUCUAUUUUACAUUUGGUUAGAUUGAUACGUUUUGAAGCGGUUAAGUGGCCAGAUUUUAUUUCACCAAAUUGCAAGAGUUUCUUACAGGGUUUGUUGCAAAAGGAUCCUUCUCAACGUUUGACAUGGCCUGCACUAUUAGAACAUCCAUUCGUUAAGGAUAGAAUCAUCAUAGUAGGUGGAACAGUACCUACACCCUUUACAACACCAUUAUCAGCUAGUCAAGCUAGAGCUAAACAACAACAAUUGCAAAAUUUAUCGAUGAGAUCUACCAAUCAAUCAAAAGUUCUCGAGAAAGCUGUUGAGAAAGUACAAUGUCAAGAGAGAAAACUUCGAGAACAAAGACAAAGGACAUGUAUUUCACAACCGCGUUAUCCAAUGUUUCAUGCCUAUUGUCAGCAUGGCCUGAAUCAUUGUCAGAUACUUCGACGUAGCGAACCAAGUGGUACAGAUUCAAGCGCUAGUAUCGACGUACUAUUGGGAAAUCUUAGUUUGCGAGCAUCGUUAAGAAGCGAUCUACUUGCUGCUGAUCAUGCGUUGUGUCAAAGCGAUUGUCCUAACACGAAUAACGAACAAACAUUUCCAAUAAUAAAUAAUAAUUCUAAAUUGAUCUAUACGAAAACAAAUGAUGAAGGACAAAAGAAAACUAACGAAUCCGAAGGUUUUAUUAAUAAAAAUGCUAAAGGUGAUGGAUUAAAUGUUGCACAACAAACGGAAAGAUCGUCUGAAAUGGAACAAAUUUCGGGCAAUGGCGAUUGCAAACAAACGUGUUUGAGUAAAGAUUAUGAAUUAGAAUUUGGAAAGGAAAAUCUGAUAGAUAAGCACGUUAGAUUGCCAGAUUGGAAUCCAAGAGCCGUUGAAAGGCCAAUAGAAAAUGAAGAAUGGGUUGCAUUUUUACAAAGAUCUAUGGAGGAAGUAAUGGAGGGUGAAGUUGUUUCUUUAUUGCAACAAAAUUGUGUUUCCGUUUUCGUAUCGCCAUUAAGAAAUCAAGGAGCUGGUUGUCGUGUCGUCGAAUACGUUGCUUGUCUAUUAUCUUUACCAUUUGUUAUAUCAGUCUCCCGAGAAAAUCUUGAAAGCAUUGAACGCGUUUAUUUGGACGUUCGAGUGGUACCAAAUCUCGUAUAUGCAAUAAAAUUACUUAUGUCAGAACGAUCUGAAGGAGAGACCAUUGCAACAGGUUCUGCUGGUAUUACCAGAUCAGCAUCUACGUUAUCAGCGGAUGAAUUACAAGCUUUGGAAUGUACCAUGCUUUUACUCUGUAGAUUGGUUUACGUUCAAGAACAAUUUUUAACUCAAUUUUGUGAUGCCGUUUAUAUUGUCAAUGGAAUGCCAUUGUUACAACAAUUAUUAACUUUGGAAAAAAGAAAGGCACGGGUUGUCGCGGAUUUAAUAGCUAUAUUGAACAAUAUUUUACGUUCUCAACCUGAGAAUGCCGAGCUAGUAGAAAAAGUUGUUCUCCAUUCGAAAACUCAUGGAGGUACAGUCGAACAAUUUGGUAAACUUCUUGGACAUCGGCAAGGUGUAUUGAGAGCUAGAACGUGCAUACUGAUUAGACUUUUAGGAAGAUUUUGUUGCAGAGCAUUGCAACAAGUUUGGGGCAGAUCUUUGAGAAAUCUUAUUGAAAAUUUAUUGCUCGACGAGGAAGAAAACGUUAGAAACGUGUAAUAGUUUCUUGGCCGUUCGCAGAGAAGGCAUGCGCACUAUAAUGCAUCACGCUGGAAUAAUCAUAA